CGUUGAGGGUGGCGAUCGUCUCGCUUCGCACAAACUUUCCGCGAUAGAGCCGUUAUGUGUCGUACUUCGAAACAAGUUUGACGGGAAAUUCGUGAAGUUUUCCGAGUGCGUCCGAGCUCGCGUAGCGAUGAGCGCGAUAAUAGCGAACCAAAUAGUGACGAUUUGAAUAAAGUGACAGUUAAAAAGUGUGUUAUUCGAGAUGUUAUCAAUGGGAUUGUUGGCCGUGUACGCGACAUGGUGCUGGAUGUUUCUCGGGGCUGGCGGCGCCUCGCUCACGAGCCGGGUGGCGGAGGCUCCGCAGGAGUGCGAGUGGCAGCGGGUGUCGGGCGGCGCCGGCGAGCCCACCCGCGUGCAGCUGACCUGUUCCCUGCGCACAGCUGCCGGCGCCACCGACUUGCUGGCCGGCUUGACCACUUCUCAGGCCCAGCGCAUCACUUCGCUCGACCUCCAUUGUACGGAUGUACUCUUCUUCGAAAGCUCUUUAGACGUCGGAAGACGAAAAGAAGAAGGAACUGAACUUUUGUCCCGUUUUCACAACUUAAAAGAACUCAGAAUAGAGUCAUGUAAAAUUCGAUAUGUGCCAUCAGCUGUGCUAUCGCCUCUUAGUGGUCUCAGAAGUCUGAGCAUUAGAACUCAUAAUACGGAUUGGUCAGCGAUGUCUAUGGAAUUCCACAGAGACACUUUUCGAGGACUUACUGACUUGCGCACUUUGGACUUGGGUGACAACAAUAUUUGGAUUUUGCCGUCUGAAAUAUUUUGCCCGCUGUAUAACUUAAAGGAACUAAAUGUAACACAGAACCGAUUACAAGACAUUUCCAAUUUGGGAUUUUCUGAUUGGGGCAACGGCCCAACUGCGCCCGGCAAAUCUUGCAACACAGUAUUGGAAACUUUAGAUAUGUCGCAUAAUGAAAUCAGUUCGUUGCCUGAUAAUGGUUUGUCUAGUUUGCGUGCUUUACAAAAGUUGUUCCUGCAAAAUAACAGAAUAUCAAACGUUGCAGACAGAGCCUUUGUUGGAUUGAGCGAUUUACAAAUUCUUAACUUAUCCACUAACGCCCUUACUGCAUUACCACCGGAAAUGUUUCAAUCAUCAAGAGAUAUAAAGCAGAUUUAUUUAAAUAAUAAUUCUCUGAGUGUAUUAGCACCGACUCUUUUAGAAGGCUUGGAUCAGCUGCAAAUAUUAGAUUUAUCUGUCAAUGAAUUGACAAGCGAAUGGAUAAACAGAGAUACAUUCUCGGGAUUAGUACGCCUUAUCGUAUUAAAUUUAUCUCAUAACAGAAUAACAAAAAUAGAUGCACUAUUAUUUCAAGAUUUGAACAACUUACAAUUUCUGAGUUUGGAGUAUAAUCACGUGUCACGGAUUGCAGACGGAGCAUUUUCUAAUUUGAAAAAUUUACACUCUUUAUCAUUAGCCCACAACAAUAUUAUUGAAGUCGACAGUAGCCAUUUUUCAAACUUAUAUGUACUGAAUCAGCUUUUCCUUGAUGGGAACAGAAUAACUAAAGUAGACUUGAGAUCUUUUGAAAAUAUAACUAAGCUCCAUGACUUGGGAUUGAGCGCAAACCAGUUAUCUGAGGUGCCGGAAGCCAUUAAGACGUUGCGAUUUUUGACAUCACUAGACUUAGGAAUGAAUCGCAUCACUAAAGUCACAACUUCUCAGUUUGAGGGAUUAGAUGAUUUAUAUGGGCUGAGACUCGUUGGUAAUAAAAUUGAGAAAAUUUCUAAAGAUACGUUUUCCGCGCUUCCUUCUCUACAGAUAUUGAAUUUGGCCUCAAAUAACAUUGAUCAAAUAGAUGAUGGAGCUUUUGCUUCGAAUCAACAAUUGAAAGCGAUCGGAUUAGACGGAAAUAAGUUAGUGGAUUUAAAAGGAAUAUUUACCAAUACUCAACCACUCGUGUGGUUAAAUGUUUCAAAUAAUGAGCUACUUUGGUUUGAUUACAGCCAUAUACCAUUAAAUCUUGAAUGGCUAGACAUGCACGAAAAUAAAAUAGAAAAACUUGACGAUACCUACGUUGUGAAAGAAUCCUGCAAUUUGAAGAUGCUUGACGUUAGCUCUAAUAAAAUAAGAUAUAUCGAUGAAUUUUCAUUUCCAAGCAGCAUUGAAACUAUUGUGUUAAAUAAUAAUUAUAUAGAAAAGAUAAACCCAGGCACAUUCCUACAAAAAUACAAUUUGAAUAAAGUGAUGUUGUAUGCCAAUAAGAUCAAAACUCUUGAAGUCGGCGCUUUUGCGAUUUCUGCAGUUUCGGAGGAGAAAGAUUUGCCAGAGUUCUAUAUUAGCGAAAAUCCAUUUGCUUGUGACUGCACAAUGGAAUGGCUGCAGAGAAUUAACCAAUUAAGUGACCUCAGACAGCGCCCGAGAGUAAUGGAUUUAGAAAGCGUUAGGUGCUCUUUAACUCAUUCACGAACUAAAUCAGACGUACUUUUGCUGGAAGUUAAAUCUUCAGAUUUUUUAUGCGAGUACGAUUCGCAUUGUUUCACCUUGUGCCAUUGUUGUGACUUUGAUGCCUGUGAUUGCAAGAUGACUUGUCCAGAUAGAUGCUCUUGUUAUCAUGAUCUCACCUGGAACUCCAAUGUGGUUGAUUGUUCGAGUGCCGGCUACGAUCACGUACCGGACCGAAUUCCGAUGGACGCGACCGAAAUAUACUUGGACGGAAACGAUUUAAAAGAAUUGGGAAAUCACGUUUUCAUUGGUAAAAAACGGUUACAAGUUUUGUUCCUGAAUAAUAGCAAUAUUAAUACAAUACAAAAUAGAACAUUUAACGGUAUUGAAUCACUGAGAGUACUUCAUUUGGAAAACAACAACAUAGAAGUAUUGAGAAACACGCAAUUUACUAAACUUCAGAAUCUCGUUGAACUUUAUCUACGAGACAACAAAAUAAAAGUAAUUGAAAACGAUACUUUUAAUUACCUGCCCUCGCUGGAGUUCUUGGACCUUGACAAUAACGGUUACGUUGAUUACAUGCCGUGGCGAGUUAUUACCGACAACAAUCCCCGCACGCGUGUCUCUGUAGAUGGGAACAACUGGAUAUGUGAAUGUAAAGAUGUUGCUCAGCUGAAUCAAUGGUUGAUAAAAAAAUCAAAAGACACCGAAACCAUGAUGUGCUACUUUGCUCACGGGCAGCCUAUGAAUAAAACUAUUGCAUCCGUGGCGAAAGAAUGUAAAACAGAGAUCACUACCGAGGAAACAGGGACCGAGACUCUAGAGCGAUUAUUCAUCAAACCGAAUGACGGUGUUGAAAAUUACAUUCCGUAUAUCGCAGCCGGGCUGAUAAUAGCAAUUAUACUUUUACUGAUGUGCGCUUUGCUGUUCAUGUUCCGAGAAGAUUUUAAAUUAUGGAUGCAUUCGAAAUACGGUAUAAGAGUUUUCAGUUCCACUUCGAAAGACGUGAAUGACAAUAAAAAUAAACGUUUCGAUGCUUUUUUUGUGUACAACCCACGGGAUGAAGAUGUCGUGACUCGCGCAGUGAGUACCGACCUUGAGAACUCCGGGUUUUCCUUGUGUUUACAACACAGGGACCUGCAGUUGAUCGAGAGACGCUCUAGUGAUUGCUUAGUGAGUGCGGCCGAAAGUUCAAAAAGACUCGUGAUAGUGUUAUCAAUAAACUUUCUACAACAAGAAUGGUACUCGUCCGAUUCUAAAGCUGCCGUUCAAAGCGCUAUAAACUCAGUGAAUAUUAGGCAUAGGCGACAUAAAGUUAUAUUUCUAGUUACAACGGACUUGAGUGCCAUAAACAUAGACCCAGAUUUAAAAGUGUUGCUCAAAACGUGUACAGUGAUAGUGUGGGGUGAAAAAAACUGUUGGGAAAAGCUAAAUUUUCGGUUACCGGAUGUGGACGUGACAUUACCAAAUCGGACGCUUCAUAACGCGAAUAACAUAAAAAGUGGUAACAGGGAAGGUUUUGGAAGACAUGGGAAUUUGCGGUACACCGCGCCUCCUACAUCCCAAGAUCCUUGGUAUAAGUAUGGGAUGGCGCCGCCUAUACUCAUGAUGUCAAGUCCUAUGCAUUCGACGAGUGCGAGUGCAGAGGUGUCGGCGCGAAGUACUGAGGAUGAGACCUGCUCAGUGGCGAGCAGCGACGGUCGCCCAGACGAUCGGCUGCCUGACCACCAUAGCUACGUGUCUAUUGACAAUCAUCAGUUCGAGGAACGCCCAUUAAGGCCCGCGCAACAAAUUCCCAUGUCUAACACAAGGCCUAACAAUAUGAGAAAAACUUACUUUGUAUAAAAAUAAUGUGAUGAUCUUGUAAUAAAUGUAAAUAUAUACAUAGAUAUAGUUUAAUAUCAGCAUUUAUAGCAUUUGAUUUAACGCUUUGUAAUUCGUUGGUGCUGUGUGCUAUAAAUGCUAGACUAAAGUAUUAAAAAUAAUAUAAAUAGUGAUUAUUUGUAUUUAAUAGACAGUACUGUAAGUACCUACUAGCUGUUAAAAUAACGUUACUAUCCAUGGCAUUCUCGUACCUGUCUUCAGUCAUAACUUUUGCUUUAAGUUGUACAUAGUUUGUUCGUACAUUCCCUCUUUUGCAUCCAUUAAUGCUGUAAAGAGUAUAUUGUUUUUGGCAUUAUAUGAAUGUUCCUGACUAACUACGUUCUGUGACACAGCGAUUAUGUUUUGUGAUAAAUAUUAGGUACUUAACUUGAAGACUAUACAAUGAAAAGAAAUGAAAGUAUUGUAUCGAAAGAAUGUGUAAAGAAUUUGUAAAAAAUUGUGAGAUAGAGUUGAAGAACUGAAAUAUACCCUAGUCAAUUGUAAAUAGAUAUUUAAUAAGUUUAUAAGUAAAAAUAAUUUUGUGAUGUAAUUUUUAGCUAGAAGAGAACAAAUUCGUAUUUAUUACGCUUCC